AUGGAGUCUCUCAGAAAAUGGUUCUACAAACCAAAGAGAGACGACCGAUCGUUACUAGCUCAGUUCUUUUUUGCCGAUGACGCUCUCAACAUGGUCGCGGCCGAGUUGGACUCGUUUGAUGGUCGCAAAGAUCCUGAGAGAUGCUCGACGCUCGUCAACCAGCUAAGACAUGCACAGGAUCGUGUGCUGAACAUCACGAGUCAGAUAAUGGAUCAGGUGCUGGGCGAUGAGAGGGUUGCGCGUGGUUUCCGGGUCAAGUUCCCCGAGGACGUGCUGCAGGACAAUCUGGCUGGUCAGCUGUGGUUUGGUGCUGAGUGCUUAGCUGCUGGUUCUUCUAUAAUGAAUCGUGAGGAGGAGUCGGCGGCGAUGCGUCCCCUCGCGAAGGCCCUCACUCGCAGUUUGGAGACUGUGCGUUCUCUACUAAGGGAGCAGUGUUUGAGGCCGAGGGGACUCGCAUUGUCCCAACAUGACGACAUGUUGCACGAGAGCUUACGUAUUUUCGAUAGAUUGUUCGCCGAGUUUGAAUUGUGCUACGUGAGUGCUAUGGUCAACGUGAAAACCCCACACGAGUUCGAAGCCCAGCAGCUGAUCUGUGUCCUCUUUUCGGAGAGUCUUCGUCGAGCGCUCAAGCAAGGAUUGCUCACCCAGGAACAGGUUGACUCUUACGAUCCCGCUUUGAUGUUUGCCGUUCCCCGGUUGGCUAUAGUUAGCGGUCUGCUCAUCUACUCAAGUGGUCCGUUGAGCAUUGACAAACCGCCAGAAGAAAUGUCAGACAUGUUCCGUCCAUUUCGAACGCUUCUACAUAAAAUACGCUCUCUCCUGUGGACGUUGGAUCGGCGUGAGUUGAUGGCUUUGGAGAGAUUGCUUUGCACUAAUGAGGACAUCUCAAACUUGGCUGGAUUGGACUUGCCUCAAACUGUGGAGACGACAUCUGACUCAGCUUGCCACUAUCCUGACAUCGGAGAGUUCGUAUCGAAGUUCUAUGCCGACCAUGCACACUGCCGUGAUCUCUAUACCACACAAAGCUCCAGCGAACCAACUAUUACGGAUGGUGACUACCUACCAGACAAUAUAGAAGUUAUGACCCCAAUUAUAGAUGGAUUGAGACGACUCACAGAAGAUAGUGAAACUACACAAACGGAUGAUGAGACUGUCGAUACAAGGCCUAACGAGUUCUCCCGCCAUUGCUCAACCGACACUACUAGCACUGAUACAUUCCAAACCAAUGAUAGCAGAGAUAUUUUAGAAAAAUCUAGAAGGACGAGCAGAACUGAAAGCAACGAUCUAGCAUCAUUAAGAAACCUAUCCACGAAUGGUUUAAUGAUGUUCGAUCCGCUAGUCAUAAACGCUGUGUCCGCCUCUACCUCUGCUGAAUCAAAUCGACAAAUGCCAGACCAUGAUUUAGUCACUUCGCUAAACGAACAAGUUACAGAAAUAGCUGAUAGACUAUCAUCGAUAGUAGCCAGUGAUGUUGAUAUAAUGGAUCACAAUCAGAUGCAUUCGUUCUCAACGAACGACGUGACGACUCUAAUAUCGACUGAGAAUUCCGAAGCGUUCGGGUUUCCCGGACCCAGGAAUGAGCAAUUAAGUUGCAUGCCGUCUACUAGUCACGGGUAUCUCAUACCUAACGCGAUAAGUCAAGAGCCUGUCGUAUUAGCGUCCCUAUCACACAACAACUCCGCAGUUUUCAACCAGGAAGAAGAACAUGAUAUCAACGGUGCAAUACUGAACACGGAUCUCCCGCUAAUGAUGCCCGAUGACAUUGACGCUGAAAUUGUAAAUACUAACAUAUGUAUCGCGAACGCUAAUCUAAGUUCUCUAUUGCUCACCAGCGACGAAUACAGGCAGAACUUUGUCGAUAACAACGAAGUGGUCGACGGCGAUAACGCGAGCUUUCAUUCAGCUAAGAUGACGAUGGAGAAAGAUGACGAGGAAAGAGUAAAGUUCAUGCUGGGUUAUGAAAGCGAUCACGAUUCGCCAGCGGAUUCUGGUGUUAGUACCGAAAACACGAGUCUGGAUAGAUCACCAGACACUGAACAGGGCAAACAGAGUCAUUUCAUGCAACAGAACAGGGUAUUGAAAAAUCCAGACUGUGAUGGAACUGAUAAGAAUAACACUCUAGAAAGUUCCUUUUCGAAUGCUGAUGACGUUACUGUAAAUAUUAAAUAUGUUGAAUCUGAAACUCAGAAGAAUGAAGCGGGAUCCUCUUCUCAUAUAAUGGACAAUGUAGAUAUAGAUAGAAUAAGCUCAGAGGAAGAAGGUCUUAAUGAAGCGACAAAUGUAAAUUAUCCUAAAAAGAUUAACUGGGAGAACACACAAGAAGACGAUUAUAGAACGAUAGACGAAAUGCUAAAGGAGUUAAGAAAAAACGCAGAUAUAAAAUGUGCACAAGAAGAUAAUCAUAUAAGUUCGAGUGCAGAAGUACCGAACACAUCACAGAACUGUCCCAGACUGAGAAAGUCGAGAAAGUGUAGUGCUAAAAAUAAGAAGAAAAAGAGUAAAAUGUGGUCGCCCGGUAUCGUGAUAAUAGACAAUCGGAAUACCCAGAGUCAGAGUAAUCCGUUGAGGUUGAACUUGGAUCAUUUUGUGGAUGCAAGCGGUACAUCGUGUGGUGUUUCUGAAUGUGCGGAUGACGAGCAGAUAGCGCUGGCGUUACAGGCGCAAGAGUUGGCGGCGAGGCAACAGGCACGAGGGAAAUUUAAAUCAAGUGAAGAUUUGAUCCACCGUCUGUUUGUAUGUAUUGCGGGUGUUGCGGAUCAGUUGCAGACGAAUUUCGCGACGGAUCUUCGCAACAUUUUAAAAUCGGUUUUCCUCAUGAAUCAAACGCCUGAAGCGCCGGAAGGGGGUGAACCGCCGCCUUGCGAGCCAUCGGAUAAACCUUCCACCAUUGAGUAUGAGGCCACUGAGGAUCAAGUCAUACAGAAUGGCAGUUCAUUUGACAGUGUAUACUCAGCAGAGGAGGUCUAUGCCGAUAGCACAUCGGACUCAUCCCCAUCGGAAUCGAACUCUCGUAUCGUACGUCGCAACACGCUCAACUCUGCCACUCUGACCGCUGAGCAGGCCGCCAAUAAUGACGUAAGGAGGAAAUCUGUGGACAAUACUGUCAAUCUUCAAGCCUCUGUUUCUACUGGCGACCUCACUUAUAGGCGCGAAGAGAAUCAUUCCGCCUCGCCGUGUAUAGAGCGGGCGCCGGAAUGGGUGCCUGACAUAGCGGCGCCAUCUUGUAUGAGAUGCUCCGCUCACUUCACGGCGUUCCGACGUCGACAUCAUUGUAGAAAUUGCGGUAAAGUGUUCUGUGCGUCGUGCAGUUCGAAUUCGAUCCCGCUACCCCGCUACGGGCAGCUGAAGCCGGUGCGCGUGUGCGACGAGUGCUUCCAGUGCCGGCGCCCGCACCAGCGGUGA